AUGUAUCGUUUGCUGGUGCAGAAGGCGCUCGCGAACAAUUCGAAACGACCGUCCGCCCAGCUGUUCGCCGCCAGUCGUUCGUACAGUGGAAGCGCACGAAGAUCCAACCUGCCACCGUUUCAGGAGGCAGGAUUCGGAAAGGUGCUAGUGGUUUUAUCCCCGUUUCUUAUUGGCGGAGGCGUUGUAACUUACGCCAAAUACGAUAAUGAAUUCCGGAAAACGUUAAUUACGAAUGUUCCUGCGCUGGAACCGGUGCUAAAGGCGCUGCUGCAGGAGACGAACCCUCUGGAUGAGGUUUCUAAAAAGAUGGACGAUAUUAGCAAAACAAUCGGGGAGUAUACUUCGACCAUUACUGGAUUCUUUGGUGGUGGAGAAGAGGAAAAGAAGCAGGAGAAGAAACCUGAUUUGCCACCCGUCACCAGAUCCAAGUCGGUUCAUGUGCCCGUACCUUCGCCACCGCUACCAAAACCGGAAUCCAUCAACCUUUCCGAAAAGGUACCUGAACCACCGAAGAAGGCGGCCCCGAAAGUUGUUCCCAGUCCGGCUGCGGCAGCCAAAGCCACAUCUGCCGCUGCUAGUACGGUCGUUGCUCCAGCCAAAAGUGCAGUAGCACCAUCGAAACCGGUUCCCUUAUCAUCCGGCAGUGAAACAGUGCCGAAAUCCAUCAGCGAUCUCGAGCAGCAGGUCGAGGUGGCCGCGACGAUUGCCAUCAAAGAGUAUGGACACGCUGUCGACGUGUUGAAAACAUACACUGAGGAGGUUCGCAAAGUGGUUGACGCAUCGAUCGACAAACUGGACUCCAGCAGUUGGACCACGCUGCGGAAUCGUACGAGUGCGCGUGAUACCGCACUCGAGGCAGCCGAAACUGCUGCCGAUCAGGCCAAGGCGAACAUCGAGAAGCUGCACGCUUUGCUGAGCAGCCGCGAGAUCAAGUGUUCGGACGAGCUGAAAGAUAAAGCGCGCCAGAACAUUGCCGCCUAUCUGGAACAUCUGAAGAAGGCAAAGGAUGAAGUUUACGCGGCACGGGAUCUCGCAUCGCUUGGUGAAAAGUACUGGAAGCGGGUCGAGUCUGCGCGGAAUUACUUUGUUGACGAGAUGGAAUCGUUGUUCCCGGGAAUCAAUCUGUCCGAGCGUAAGCUGAACCUUUCAAAGGACGAGCUUGACCUGUUUAUACUACACGCGUACACGCAGGUGAUCGCGCAUCAGAAGGAGUUGCAAAAGCUGCAGAUUGAAGGCGAUCAAAAUUUGCGCCGUGCAGUAGAAGCCGUGCGGGGUUCGGAUCAGGCGGAGGAAGUUAAGGCACGGUUAGAGUACGAGAUUGCCAAGGAAAAGCGUCAGCUGAAUCUGUUGAACCAGAAAAAGCUGUUGCACACACGGGCGGAGUUGGAGCAGCAGAUGCGAGAGCAGAUGAAACGCCAAACGGAGGCACACAUCGACCAUCUGAAGGAUGCGCUCACGCAGAAGGAGGUAGAGAUGAGGCGAAAGUUCCAACGGGAGCUGGACGAGAAAAUUACAACGGAACAGGCUAGUUACAAGUUGCAACUUGCGGCCAUGUUGGGCAAGCUGAAGGGCAUUCACAAUGCGCUGGUCGAGAUAGAUACCGAAAUGAAAGAACACGCGGACGCUGAGAAAAGCGCACAUCAAGCACAAGCCCUGUGGGGUGCCUGCCAAUCACUGUGGUCUUCGAUUCGUAGCGGCCAGCCCGGAAAAUCGUGGCGCGAUCAGCUGCGCCCACUAAAAGAUGAAAUUGCAGCCGUUGCCCGCUCGGCGGAAGGAGACGAGCUAGUGGCCGUGGUUUUGAAAGGUUUGCCAGAAACGGCCGUCAAACGAGGUGUCUAUCCCGAGGAUGCGCUGCGCGAACGUUUCCUGAAGGUGGAAGAGGUUUCGCGACGGUUGGCCCUCGUUCCCGCAGAAGGUGCUCGGCUGCCGAUGUAUGUGCUAUCCUACCUGCAAGCAGCACUGAUCGCCCGUCCCGAUAAGCCGAUCUCGCAAGACGAACUUGAGAACAAACCGUUCGAUUUUAGCAAGCUGGACACGUAUGAUAUUUUGAACCGCGCCCGAUACUGGCUCGACCGAGGCGAUCUGGUAAAGACGGUCCAGUACGUAAACCUACUGCAGGGUGCACCACGCAAGGCCGCGCUGGACUGGCUAAACGAGGCCCGGUUGCUGCUGGAAACGCAACAAGCUGCCGGUACGCUAAUGGCGCAUGCCGCCGCUAGCGGUGUCCGAUUCCUGUGA